AGAGAGGAAUUAUUACACGGUGACGGUGAGCAGCACUUGGUUUAAUGUACCUUAUCUCCCAGCCAUGACUGAGGAACGCACAAGUGAAGCAGGUGAAGAACAAGGAAUCACAGAAGAAAAAGACUUGGCAGAAAAACUAAAUGAAGUGGGAUUAGAGCCUAAAAAAUGGCUGCCUCUGCUCAAGCAAAUUUUGGGUGUAACAAAUGUGCAAGUCUUAAAACACACUGGCCCGCAAGAUUAUCAUAAAAUAGAAAAAAAAGCUGAUCAUCCUUGGGAAAAACACUCACUUAGAAAACUGUUGAACGCUGAUGAAGGCCAGAUAACAUUAAGUCAAAUGCAGGAUGACCGCGUCAAACGAUUAAAGGAAAAUCAAGAUGGCUCUAAGAAAGCCCUGGAAGAACUGAAGAAAAUGAUGAAUGAAGGCAAAACACGUUUCAGCAAGGAAAUUUUGGAAAGUGAGGAAAACUUGUGCAAAGCAAUGGACAUAUCAAAAGAAUCAUGGCCCUCAUCUAAUGAACCGUUGGAAAAAGUGGUCGAGAAGCUCCACACAAUGCUGAACAUGAAGGAUGAGGUACUUUGUAAUGUUACCAACCUGCCUGAUAAAGGUGUUUUGCUUAAUGCUUCUUGUGGCCUUGCUUUAGAAGGGAUAUAUAUGACAUCAAAACAAGAUGAUGUCCUAAAAAAGAGAGAACAAAUUAUUGCUUUACCGGAGGACAUUCACUUAACUUGUCCACAGAAAGGACCUGUGUUUGAACAGAAAGAAUUCUCAUCUUCUACAGCAGAGUCAACAUUCCAUACAACCAUGGAAAAGCUUGGAUACAGCAUAGCUGCCUCAGCCAAGGGUGGUUUCUUGGGUUUUCAGGCAGAAGCCAAUGCCAAUUAUAAGACAUCUGAAAAGUCUGCAAAUAAGAGUGCGUUCCACACCGAACAAGCUUAUUUUUGCACGACAAAAUACAACUACAUUCCACUGGCAUCCUGUUAUAUUCCUAAAGAUAAGCUCCGUCUUUCUGGAGCAGCUCUUAAGGAUUUACAAACCAUUGAGGAGCUUGCAAGACACAGCCCAUCAGAAGACAAGUUCACAUUGAUUAGAGAACAGUACGAGAAAUUUUUCAUUAGUUAUGGCUCCCAUGCAAAUCAAGGAACCAUUCACUUUGGAGGAAUUUUCUGGUGGAAAGCAACUUCGCAAGGAUUCAAGGAAGACAAGCUAGAGGAAAUUAAAAAAGAGAAUUCAGAGGCUCUCAAUGUUUAUGCAGGUGGCAGCUAUGAAGGGUUAUUCUCUGCCGCAGCUAGUGUCGAUGUGACACGAACUAACUCUGAAAAAUCAUCUCUUGAAACAAAACAACAAACACUCACAAAACAAACACAGCUUUAUGUGACCAAAACUGGAGGACCUGUUGGUGUUGAUUGCCACAAUUCAUGGAAAUGUGGACUUGUUGCUAGCAACAAGACGUGGAAUGUGAUUGAUCGAGGCUUUUGCCUUAUACCUGUAUGGGAAAUAAUUCUUUUUGCUCACAGGGAGGAUUUCAAAGAUGUCCGACAAGUUAGCAUUGACCUUACAAAAGUCUAUGAAGCCAUUACUAAUCAAUCCCAACAUUUGCUAUUUGGUGAGAAUAUUGUCAGUGCACUGGAGGAAGCCAGGAAGUUUCUGUCAGAUGUGUCAUCUUGGGAGGUAACAUCAGCAGAACAGCAGUUAACCAGGCUGAUUGAUUUUAAGCAAAGGUUAAAUGAAAUAACAAAAAACUAUAACAUUUGGGUCAAUGUUUGUCUGCCUGACAAGGGGAUUCAACGUUUCUUAGGUAAAGUUAUUGAAUCAUACAAAAAUAACCAAUCUGAUGUGACUUUCAUCCGGUUACAGAUUAAAUGUUUGCUGCAAAAUUAUGAAUGUUCAAAGGAGAACUUAACUGCAUACUCUUUUAUAAUCAAAUGGGUGUAUCAGUCAGAGGAAAAGCAAAGCUCUGUUUCUAUUAAAGACUUUUCGAUGUUCAUUAAUGUUCUCUCACAAGCAAAGAAUGAUCUUCUUCCUGCAAGUACUUGUCUGUACAUUUCCGAGGAAGAAAUGAGUGAAACCCAAAUAAAAGUUAAUAUUAAUGUUCUUUCUGCAAUCAAUUCAUUUUUAAAGACACUUAAACACACGGGACAGACUGAUAUUGAACUUUUGAUAAUUGCCGUUAUGAGCAGUCUUGGUUACUGCUUAAGAAAGAAAGAUUUCCAAUAUUUCCUUGGCUGGCAAGAAAUUCGAUUCAUGGAAAAGGAAAUAAAGCGCCUGUACAAGGAGUACAACAAUCUCAGGGAACUUCAGGCUUAUCGAGCACAAGCUUUUGUGCUAAAGGCAGGUUUAACAGCAGGUGAUGAUAUUAGACCUAAAUCUUUCGAACAAAAAAAAGAGCUUGUAGACUACAUGGUAAAAAACAUGAAAAGUUACCUUGAACAGGAUAUUCUAGAUGUUCUAGAAAAGCAUUCUGAAUCCUGUGAGUUUCAGUCUCUAAAAGAAGAUUUGGAUCUGUUUAUUGCUGAUCUCUAUGGAGCGAAAAUGAAGCAAAAACCUGAAGAAAUUACCAAUAGAAUAAAAAAUGUUUGUCAAAUAAUUUGUCCAGAAGAUAUAUCAGCACAUACAUCCAGCGACCUUCAAGAAGCUCCAGAAGAAAGCUCGAGAAUUACCACCAACCAGGAGUUUUCUAAUUUGAUACAGAGCCUUGGGCUAGACAAAUAUUUCCCCAAGAAGAUGAGCAGAAAAAAACUCUGUAUCGUGAGCAAAUUCUCAGUAGACCAAUUAAAGACAGAACAUGAUCUGCCUUCCUGUUUUGUCCAAAUGCUUAUUACGUUAGAUUACAGAUUCAGAUACUUGGUUUGCAAAGAUACAAGUCAAGCAAAUAUUCCUGGAAAUGUUAGUUACCCAACACAACAAUUAAAUACAUUUGAUUCAGCAGAUGAUUUUUUAAAUAAUUUUCAAAAAGAAGAUACCAUACAAGCAAAAAGUAACAUGCAUCCUGCAGAUAUCCUCAUGGCAAUGUUCUACUGUGCAGAUGAUUUCAUGAGACAAUAUAUGUUUUCCAAGCUUUCUCUGUGCCAGUUUGCACUUCCCUUCCUCGUGCCUUUGCCAUAUGAAGAUUCAAUAGAACUGCCUCUGUGGUCUUUUAGACUUGUCCAAAAAAGUAUUUUAUCUGCAGGAAAAGACGGGGCAAGAAGUCAUCAAGAAAAACUCAUUUGCAAAGUUGAGAAUCCAAUGGCCUGUUUCACACGGAUUGGAAAGUCCAAUCUCUCAAAAUCACAAAUAUUAAACAACUUGCUUAGUACCUCAAAGCAUGACAUUUUCUACCAUAGAAACUGCAAAGGCUGUGAAAAGAAACCUAUAUUAAUGGAAGGUGUUGCUGAAAUCUUUUGGUUUUGCCCUAGUGGGAAGGAUGAGAACCAAUAUGAGUCAUGCACUGCUUUUGUCAAUUUACAUGGAGAUGCAAAGGAACACAAUCAACAAUCUGAUUUCCUACUUGAGAUCUCUACUGUUAAUAUCCUUCUGUUCUCUGAUUCAGAAAUGGAUAAAAAAGGCAAAGAUUUGCUCUCACGUAUGUUACAAAGCAAAAAACCUUUGAUAUGCCUCUGCCCUGAUCGAGAAUUUGCAACAGGAACAAGCAAUUCUACUCAGGUGAUAAUUGGCCUCAAAAACCAAAAUGAAGCCAAAAUCCUGGAAGAGCUGUCUAGAACCCUGAAGCGCUUAUUGGGACUCUCCAAGAAGUCACAAAGUCUUGAAACCUGUGCUAAGAUUGCACGAGAUUGUGGUUUCUUUGUUGAUGAGGAUAAUUCUGAGCACGCAGAAGGGAAAGCCUCAGGCACAUAUUUGCUUAACUACAUAAAGGAAAAUGACUUAAUAAAGUCUAAGGAAGAAUUGUUGCCAAUUUCAGGACACUUGUGGCAUUCAUGGUGCAAAAAAGAUAAAGAGUUGUCUCGUCUUGCAAACAGGAUGAAGAGAAGUAUUGAGCAACAUAAAAGUGAAAUAGAAUCAGAGAAAAUGGCAAUAAGACGCAAACAGUUGGAAAAGACCCAAGACAAUAAUUUCAUGCUGUCUUUUAUUACUAAGCUAAAAUCACUACCAAAACCAACUAAAAUGUUCUUUUUACAGUGGUUUAAAUUAUACAUAGAUGAUCUUUCUUGUGAUCGUAUUAAGGAGCUGCAGUAUCAGUACAAUCAACUAUGGUCCCAUCUUCAAACAGAAAAAUCUAAGAGUGAGGAUCUGAGCAGCACUCUCCUACAGGACAUGGACAACCUAAGCAGAAAGAUAAAUGCCUGUAUGUUUGGUCUAGAGCAUGUACUAAGGGAACUUGGUCAAACAUAUGAAGUAUUAAGUGAACUUAAGCUUAACAAUGAUAACUGUUACACAGAGCUCCCCAAAAUUGCUGCAGAUCUCAUGGCAUCAGGCUAUCCGAUAGAACUAAUGGAUGGAGAUGCUUCCUACCUUCCAUUAAAAUGGAUUAGAGCUGUGUUUGAUGAGCUUAUUAAAAUUAUAGGCGAUAAGAAAUUAUUUGUGCUUUCAGUACUUGGGGUCCAAAGCUCAGGAAAAUCAACUCUACUAAAUACCAUGUUCGGUCUUCAAUUUGCAGUCAGUCCUGGACGAUGCACACGAGGAGCAUUUAUGCAACUUGUUGAUAUUGAUGAAGAUUUGAAGAAAGAUUUAGGCUUUGAUUUCAUUCUUGUAAUUGAUACAGAAGGACUUCGGUCAAUGGAACUUGUCAACCAGUCAAAUCAGAAUCAUGAUAAUGAGCUAGCAACCUUCGUUAUUGGUGUUGGGAAUAUGACAUUGAUAAAUGUGUUUGGAGAAAACCCUUCUGAGAUCAAAGAUAUUCUCCAAAUUGCUGUGCAGGCUUUUCUAAGGAUGAAACAGAUAAAACUUUCACCAAGUUGUGUGUUUGUUCAUCAAAAUGUAUCAGAAAUGUCUGCUUCUGAGAAAAAUUUGGAAGGCCGUAUACAUUUAGAAAAAGAACUGGACAAAAUAACCAGUCUUGCAGCUGAGCAGGAGUUUUGUAAUGUCCAACGUUUCAGGGAUGUCAUCAGAUUUGAUGCAGAGAAACAUAUCCUUUAUUUUGCUCACUUGUGGUUAGGAAACCCACCAAUGGCACCACCCAAUCCUGCAUACACUCAAAAUGCCCAAGAACUGAGAAAUAUUAUUCUUCAAGCUGGUGGAACAGAGGCAAAAAGUCUUUUGAGCUUCUCUGAACUUAAAGUUCGCAUCGAGGACCUUUGGCUUGCCUUAAAGAAUGAGAACUUUGUAUUCAGCUUUAGAAACACCCUGGAAAUUUCUGCUUACAGCAAAGUAGAAAAUAGAUACAACCACUGGACCUGGCAGUUAAGACGACAUGUUCUGGAGUUACAGAUAAAAUUGAGCAAUAAGAUUAAGAAAGGGGAGAUUAGUAAAUUGGAACGGAAGGACGUACAAGAGAUGGUACAAGAGAAGUUUGUUGAUAUUGAUAAGGAAUUGAACAUUUUUUUCAAUGAGGACAAAGAUAAAGAAAUACUGAUUCAGUGGAGAGAAAAUGUUAAAAAGAGGUUGAAGAAUCUUCUGAUUGAACUAGUCGAAGAAACUAAACGACAAGGACAAGAUCUGAUAAGGCUAAAAAAGAGCCAGAGCAAAGUAAAACAAAAGCAAACAGACUAUGAAGAAGAACUCUUUAAAAAAAGCAAGCAAGUGGCGCUUACUAUAAAAAACGAGGAUUUAAAAGAAGAGGAUCUGAGAGAACAUUUCAUUACUCUCUGGCAGUCUUGGGUGAUGGAAAUCAAGUCCUCACUCCCGCCUGUUGAAAAACCUAAUCUAAUUAGGGAUGCAGAAGCAAUUAUUUGGGAUUAUUUCCAAAAUGAGCCUGGUAUAGCUGACAAAUUGAGAGAUGUCUCUAAGUGGAAGCUAUUUUCCAUUGAUUUUGGAAAGCACAUUUCUAUGAAAAGAGGUUUUCUACGGGAAAAAUCGUUAACUCAACAUGAUAAGUACUUCAUUCAGAAAAUGGUAUUUAACCUCAAGAAGGAGAUUACUGAAUAUUUGGAAAAAAAACACCAAAAUAAUGUAGAUUAUAAUGAAGGAUUUUUUCAUGAAAUAAUAAACAUAGUACUGGAUGACAGUAAUUUGAAAUCGGAAAGCAACAACUUCACAUUCACUAAAACUUUGAAAGUUGAUUUGUCAUUAUACUUAUUUCAUAUGGCGAUACCAUCAUUUGAUGAAUUGCAGCAGGUUUUUCAUAUUAUGAAUGACCCACUGGAAGUUCUUGAGAGUAGACGGGAAGAUUUUUUUUUUUUUUUCAAAAUCUCCUGUGAAGGAGCUACUUCAGUCACAACAUUCGCCAAUUACCUAUGCUCUAAGCUCAUAGAUGAUGUUUGUUCUGCAGUAUAUAACCGAACAGCAUUAGCUGUUGUAGAUGAGAUGAGCUGUAAUUUUCCAGCCUUUAGUGGUAAUCGGUCCAAGUUGGAAACUUACAUUUUAAUACAUCUCGCCGAACAUGAAGACUUUGAAAAAUAUAGACAGUACUUGCAUUUUCCAGAGCAAUUUUUUGAAAGCUACAUUGAGGAAUGUGUUCAUGGCUACUGUUUAAACCAGAGUUCUCCAAGGCUGAAUAACUUAAUAAACAUCAGUGUUGAUCAUUAUCAUCAUCUUUUACUUUUGGCAAUUAGUGAAUCUACCCAGCUUGCCACAGAUAAAGGCAGCAAUGUAUCAGGGUGGCUAGAUGAGUUCUACAAACGAGUGGAAGACAUUGUCUCCUUUUCAAGAGGUGAAUUAAGAAGCAUAGAGCAUCAGGAGAUCCGAGACAUCGAGUUUAUCAAGGAAGUAAUGAGCAAGGCUUGGGAUGUGGCGAUGGAUACCCUGAAAAACAAACUUGAUAGAAGUAGUUUUGACUGUUUUGAGACAAAGCCAUCAAAGAUUCUAGUGAAGCAACUAUGUGGAUGUUGGGAGCAGUGCCCAUUCUGCAAAGCAAUUUGCACCAACACCAUCCCAGGUCAUGAUGGGGACCACAGUGUCCCUUUCCACCGAUCCCAAGCAAUUAGUGGCAUUCCAUGGAUUAAUUCCAAUGUAUUUGUCACAGAAAUCUGUUCUACUCUUGUAUCAUCUGAUGCCUGUGCAGUAAUAAGUGAUACAAAAGAAAUUCCAUACAAAGAUUAUCGAAAGAUUGGUCCCAAUUAUGAAAAGUGGAGUAUCACACCGGAUACCUCAGCCCAGCCCUACUGGAAAUGGUUUGUUUCUUUUUUCCGAACCAACCUGGAAAAUGAUUAUGGGUGCAGGUUUGUAGGGAAAGGUGCGAUUCCACCCCAGUGGGAAGCAAUCACCAAAGAUGAAGUCAUUGACAUGCUAAAAGAACAAAUUGGUACAAACUAGUCUAUUAUGGAAACACCCUUGCUUUAAUAGCACCAGAUACAAUGUUAACAGCCCAAUUUAAAGGAUGUGUAUCUCAUCCAUUACACCACUGAACAACUCUCAAAGCUAGUACCAAAACUCCCACAGACAUUAAUAGAAAUCUUGAUGUUAAUUCAUAUUUAACAGGCACAUGUGCAUGUAAAAACUAAACAGUUAUGAAGU